AUGGGGGCGGCCGCAUCGACAGAGCUGGCAGAUGCGAUCGGCGCCGCGCCAGGAGGAAUGGGCGCUUCGCAUGCCUUGAGGAAGGGCGGAAAUGCGCGGGCUUCCGCGAAAGUGCAGCCGGUGUGGGACGAGGGGGAGGACGAGGCGAUCGAGCGGAAAGCGCGGCAGCUGGAACAGCUCAAAGACCGCGUGAACGCAGCCAUUGCGUCUGGUAGUCGUGUCAAGCAGCUAUUGGAGGACGAGGUGCGGCGCGAUCUGGGGCUGUCGGCAAUUCGUCUGCGGUUCACCGCGAACGGCGCGCUGGAGCACUGCAGCUUGUUCUCGGAGCCCGGCGGCCGGCACGGCUGCAACCAGGACUCCAUGAUCGCGUGGGAGGAUUUUAACGUCCCCGAAAUUGCGGGUCGCACGAGAGGUCGCAUGCCUCCUGGCGCCGCGUCUGACGUCAUCUUCUGCGCCGUAUUCGACGGUCACGGUCCCAACGGCCACCUCGUAUCGCAGCGCGUGCGCGACUCGCUCCCGAGCCGCAUCGCGUCGCUUCUCGCGCCGCCACCGGUAGCAACCGUGUCGCCAUACGGCCACCUCGACAAGAGCGCGCCGCCGAUGGCGCCUGCAAGCGACCAGCUCUUGCAGCGGCUCGGAGUAAAUGGAGGCAGCAGCAAGAGCAAAGGCGCUUCGGGCAAGGUCCACCCGCUGGGAUUAGCUCCGGGCUACGGCGGUGGCGGCGACGGCGGGAGCGGAGGGUUUGGGAAGACGUUGCAUCGGUCGCGAUCCGCAAAUUCGCUGGAUAAUUCCGCGCCUCGGGGGUCCGUUUCCCCCUAUCACUCGUCCUCGUCGUCAGCAUCCUCUACGUCGGCAGCGGCGGCGGCGGCGGCGGCCGAGGCGUCCAAGGAGGCGUCGAAGGCGCAGGUGGAGCGCGCGUUUCGGCGCGCGUUUUUGGAGAUGGAUGACGAGCUGCGCAGCCACCCGCACGUGGACGGCCACGUCAGUGGCAGCACCGCCGUCGUCGCUGCAUUGCUGGGCCGUCGAUUGGUGGUGGCGAGCAUUGGCGAUUCGCGCGCAGUGUUGGCGUAUCGUUGCAAGGCGGGCCACGCAGCUCCCGGGACCGCACCCGCAAUUAACGGCAUGCAGUGCAAACCGCUCACCAACGACCACAAGUGCAGCGUCGCCUCCGAGCGAAAGCGGAUUGAGCAAGCGGGAGGGCGGGUUCAGGCGUCGGAACACGAGCCUUGGACCCCACGAAUCUGGUUACCGCGUGAGCGAAGCCCUGGGCUGGUGCCCUCGCGAGCGUUCGGCGACUUCGUGGUGAAGGAUUACGGUGUGAUCGCCGAACCUGAUAUCCUGAUUCGGCACCUCACUUCGGAAGACGAAUUCAUUAUCCUCGCUUCAGACGGA